GAAGUAAAAACCCAAGUACAAUUCAGAACCCCAAAGUACGAAGGAACACAGACUGACAUGUAAGAAGAGAGAACUCAAAAACGCGCCGGAAAAUGGCCGACGACGACCGCAUCACCGGAUUGCCGGAAUCCGUCCUCGUCCUCAUCCUCUCCUUCCUACCGAUCCACGACGCCAUCAAAACCGAAAUCCUGUCGAAACGAUGGCAGUUCCUCUGGACUUACCUCCCGUCCCUCCGCUUCAUCCAAGACCACGCGACGAACGAGGGAUUCGUCGCCUUCGUCGACAAAACCCUUCCCCUCUUCAACUGCUCCAAGCUCGAGAAAUUCGGUGUCGAUUUCGAUUACCAGCCGCGUUUCGCUCCUAACGUGAACUCGUGGGUCCGAUUCGCAGCGGGGAAGGGCGUGGAGGAGCUCUGCUUUGAUUUCUACUCUGUAGCCGACGGCUUCGUAUCGUACGAGUUGCCACAGUUUUUGUAUACCAAUGCAUCGUUCAGGAGUUUGGGUUUCUCAUUGUGUAGGGUUACUCCUAAAGGAAAUGUUGCCUGGAAUUCGCUAAAGAAACUGUCAAUUGGGUAUGUCAAGUUGAGUGACGGCGUGAUGGAGAAGAUAUUAGCUGGUAGUCCUGUGUUGGAAGUAUUGGAAUUGUAUGGCUAUGGGGGUUUCAACCGUUUGGACCUCAGUAACAAUGCCAGUGUGAAAAGAUUGGUCCUUAGGGAGUUUUGGGGACGAUAUAGGCCGGAUAGUGAACAUGGCGACCCUGAAGAAGAUGAUGAAGAUGGCGAACACCACUAUGACUCUGAAGAAGAAGAAGAGGAAGAUGAUGGCGAACACGAUGACUUUGAAGAAGAAGAAGAAGAGGAAGAUGAUGGGGAACAUGACGACUCUGAAGAAGAAGAGGAGGAUGAUGGGGAACACAACGACUCUGGAGAAGAGGAAGAAGAUGGGGAACACGACGACCCUGAACAAGAUGAAGUUGAUGAUGGUGAAUACGACGAGGAAAGGUUGGAGAUAUCGGCUCCUUAUCUCCAGUCAUUGGAGAUUUCCUGUUGUAUACCGAGGAAUUGUCAGCUGAGGGACAUAUCAUCUUUGGUCGAUGCCACCCUUGACUGCGAAGGUAGCGAUGACAAUAAUGAAAGGAUCCAAGAUACUUUAAGAGGACUUGUUGAGAGCCUUGUUCAUGUGAAGAGACUUUCAUUAGGUGCUCAGGCUACAAAGGUACUAGUGGCUAUGGAAGCAAAAGGAUUGAGUUCUCGACUGUUGAAGUGUGAAUGUGUACAUACGUUCCUCAACAAACCAGACCAGCCUGGGAUGGCAAGCAUUUUCAAAAGUUCAUCUAAUUUGGAGACAUUAUUCACGGAAAUGUCCUCUACCACAAACGCAGAGUCAGCCCUUCCUUAUAGAGAUUGUCAAGGGAGGCCCGACCAUCUCGCUUCUAUUCAGGGUCUGCUUGACAAGACACUGGCUAACCUGCGCCACCUAAGCGCUGAACACCGUCCUCAGGGAGUCCAGUUGAAUGAGAUGCAAGUCCUGUUGACUGAGAUACAAGCUGGCCAGCAGCGGCAGUAUGAAACAAUGGAGCAGUUCCUGUCUAGCCAGAAGCAGUACUGUGAAAAAUUGGAGCACUUCAUCUCCGAGUACACUCAGCGCUUUGGACCCCCUCCUCCUCAGUAGUUUAUGUUUCUGUUUCUGUUUAUUGGUUAGAUCUUGAGUCUUAUAUUGGAAUAUCUGUUGUCUCAGCAUUACUAUUUGGGUCUUUACUUAUUUACUCUGCGGCCAUUUUUGGGUUCCUUAAAUACUCUUGGUUGGUGGCUGGUGUUCCAGUUGUCCAUAUCGCCUAGCUCAUGGCACUUGAAAGUGGAUGUUUUAUGAUGCCUACUCCUAUGUUGAUCUGAUCUUAUUGUUGUCCUAUUUGGUUUUAAGUAUCAUUGCUCAUGGA